UGUUAAGUGUUGUUUCUGUUCCAGCGCUACGGGUGUCUGUGUGUAGUUAGUGGUCCAGGGGAAAAUCCCUUGGUUUUGCUGUGCGUCGAAACGCCGAAACAGUGUCGACAAUGGCUAGCAUUCUUAGGUCGGCGGCGACCGCCAUGCAAAGGGCAAUCGCCGCCAACAAUCCGGCCAUCUUCACGACAAGGAAUGCGCAAUGGAUUGCAGAUGAAAAAUGGGCCCGUCAGUUUGGCGGUAAGCUUUUGCUUCCAAGUCCCGAGUUUCUCCAGGAGCACCGCGAGCUGGAGAAGCAGAUCCAAUUCCACCCAGCAUAUCGAGUCUUCGAUACGAGACCAAAAGAGAAAAUUGUCAAAAAUAUGGAACUUAACUUUGGACCACAACAUCCCGCGGCUCACGGUGUGUUACGGCUAGUGUUGGAACUGGACGGUGAAACUGUGCUUCGCGCCGACCCUCACAUCGGUCUCCUUCACAGAGGGACGGAAAAGCUGAUGGAGCAUAAGACUUACAUGCAGGCUCUUCCGUAUAUGGAUCGCCUUGAUUAUGUAUCGAUGAUGGCUAACGAGCAGUGUUAUUCGCUGGCUGUUGAAAAGUUGCUCAACAUUGAGGUGCCGAAGCGAGGAAAAUAUAUCCGAGUUCUAUUUGCAGAAAUCACACGAAUCCUUAACCACAUCAUGGGUGUAACCACGCACUGCCUGGAUAUUGGUGGUAUUACGCCGUUCUUCUGGCUGUUCGAGGAACGUGAAAAACUCAUGGAGUUCUAUGAGAGAGCGUCAGGAGCUCGUAUGCAUGCGGCCUACAUUCGUCCAGGCGGUGUGUAUCAAGAUCUGCCACUUGGCCUUAUGGAUGAUAUCUACAACUGGGCAACGAAAUACCUUCAGAGACUGGACGAGGUCGAGGAUCUGCUCACCAUGAAUCGUAUUUGGAGGCAACGUACAAUAGAUAUUGGGGUUCUCUCUGCAGAGGACGCUUUAAACUGGGGCUGCUCAGGUGUGAUGCUGCGAGGAUCAGGCAUCAAAUGGGAUCUUCGUAAGAACCAGCCAUACGACGAUUAUCAAGACUUCGACUUUGACGUUCCGAUCGGCAAAAACGGCGAUUGUUACGAUCGUUAUCUUGUUCGAUGCGAGGAAAUGCGUCAGUCAAUCCGUCUCAUCCAGCAAGCUUUGGACAAAAUGCCUGCAGGCGAAGUUCGAACGGACGACAAUAAGGUCGUCCCACCAAGCCGUGAGGAGAUGAAAACAUCUAUGGAGGCUCUUAUCCACCAUUUCAAGUUGUUCACCGAAGGCUACCAGGUUCCCCCCGGCGCGACGUACACUGCCGUUGAAGCUCCGAAGGGCGAGUUUGGUCUCUAUAUGGUGUCCGACGGUAGCAGCAAACCGUAUCGAUGCAAGAUUAAAGCGCCCGGAUUCGCGCAUCUUAGUAUGCUCGACUACAUCGGGAAAUAUCACAUGCUGGCCGACAUAGUAGCCAUUAUUGGAACCCUUGAUGUCGUAUUUGGAGAAAUCGAUCGUUAAAACGAGUCCAUUUUGCCAUUACCAUCAGUGUCUAGCACGACAGUAGAAAUACGAAUGAAAACGUCAACAGCUUUUAUAAUAAGAGCAGCAACAAAAACAAGAUGGAUAAUAACAAUUCAUCGCAUGCAAUGGGUGGACGUUUAGUAACUGCCAACAUAAAAUAACAUACACCUACGCGCCGCAUCAGCAACGGUUAAGCGAAAGUGACGCUGAUAAUUAAACAAAAAUGUUAUUUUGAAGUAUUUUUCUGCCAAAACGGCGUAAUUCUAAUGUUUUUUUUGUUUAUAGAAUGGGGAUCGUACGACAGUGAGAGUUAGAGUAGUUAAGUAGAACUAUUUGCAAGGCGCUUUCAAUAAAAGAAGUAUGGAAACAGGAGCGUUAUCAUACUCGAUACGAGCUAUAUACGCCUAGUGAGAUACAACGAAAAAUAGUUCACAUGGGGAAGUAGAAAAUAAGAAAAAAAACAAGGUUAUUGGCAAAUGUUGGCAAAGAAUAAACCACAAUAAUUAAUAAGAAAAUACCAGAUCGUUUUAUCAGCUGUUUUUUAAACAGCGAGUGGUGAACCUAAGGAUGAGAUAUAAAAUAUUACGAUACUUGUUCGGUUUCUAAUAAAGCUGAUCUAGCAAGUUUUCA